CCUUAGAGUUAGAUCUGAUAUCGAUAUCCAAGAUGGCGACUUCCAGUGAAGAUGCAUUUGAUAAUUCAAGGAAACUUGACUGCAAAGAUCUCCAUGGUUAUCUACGGACCCUUCAAGGAUCUGUCUUAGAUAGACUUUACAAUCAUCCUGCAACAUGUCUGGCUGUUUUUCGUGAACUUCCAGUUUUGGGCAAACAUUGCAUCAUGAGGGUGUUGUUCAUUGACACUCCCAUUCCCCAAGCUGCAGUCACCUCAUGGAUACAGAGCAACCAGCAGGAACAGCUUCAUGCAGCACUGAAAACAUUGACAGAUCUUCGUCUGUUCAGGGACCAGUCUUUGCCCGGCGGCCUUCCAGGAUGGCUUCUCAAUCUCACCUUCAGGACUAAUCUCAAGACUGCUCUUAUUGGAGGAGGCAAGCCAUGGGCCAUCAGUGGAAAAGGUGGAAAAGGUGGAAAGGACAAGAAAGUGAAAGAAACAGCUACUCUUGACAAGUACUCUUCGGAAAGAUGGGAGUGUGUACUUCAUUUCUUGGUGGGCUCCUCCAAGGCUGUAGAUACGUUGAGUCGAGAUAUCGCUACCGUCUUGACUCAUUCAGGUUUAAUGAGAUUAGGUGAAUCAGGAGGAACGCCGGUGAUCACACCCUCUGGUUUUCAGUUCCUGCUCCUAGAUACCCCCUCUCAGGUCUGGUUCUUCAUGCUGCAGUAUCUAGAGACCUCCCAGGCUCGAGGUCUAGACAUUGUAGAUGCUCUCUCCUUCCUCUUCCAACUCAGCUUCUCAACGUUAGGAAAAGACUAUUCAUCAGAGGGCAUGACUGAGCAGCAGCUUCAUUUCUUGCAGCAUCUGAGAGAGCUAGGCUUGGUGUUCCAAAGAAAGAGGAAGUCCAUGCGCUACUAUCCAACCAGGCUAGCCAUCAACUUAGCUUCAGGUGUAUCAAGUAUGGCCAAGGACGAUCACAAAGACGGCUUCAUCGUCGUGGAAACCAACUUCCGUAUUUAUGCCUACACAGAGUCGGAUCUGCAGGUUGAAAUACUGGGACUCUUUUGCUCUAUGAUGUACAGGUUUCCAAACCUUUCUGUGGCUGCUCUGACAAGGGAAAGUGUACAGUUAGCCAUAUCGAAUGGAAUCACAGCUGAACAGAUUCUAAGUUUUUUGAGAACUCAUGCACACCCUAACAUGAGACUGAAGACACCUAUCGUACCUCCUACUAUCAGUGAUCAGGUCAGACUCUGGGAGCUGGAGAGAGACAGACUCAGUUUUACACAGGGUAUCAUAUACAAUGAGUUCUUGUCUCUUCAUGACUUUGAGGUGCUACGGGACUAUGCUAAGGAUCUUGGUGUACUUAUCUGGGAUAGUACUGCACGACGCAUCAUGAUCGUUUCUCCGGCAGGGCAUGAUAGUGUCAAGAAGUACUGGAAGCGACUGAAGAAAGGACAAGUUUCGUAACAGUGGGGCACGAUAGCGUCAAGAACUACUGGAAGCACUUGACAAAUUAGCAAUCUCCUCUGCAGGAUGCAACAGCAUUAAGAACUAAUGAAAGCCAUUGAAGAGAAGACAACCUUGGUAGUGGUUGUAUAGCAUCAUCAAGAGGCCUGUCUUCAUCAGCUCGAGAUUGCCAAAUAUCCCGCUAUUUGAACUAUCCCGAUCACAAUUAU